UUGAAAAGAAAUAAAAUCACGGGCAAUUUUGGUUGCUCAGAUUUUCGUGUCAAAUUACUUUUCCUCUGAAUUAUCUGCUCCGUAGCCCAACAGUGAUUACUCAGAUAAAGUUCGGAAUAACCAGAGUGAAGCCAGGUUUGCUGCAGAAGGAAGCAAUGGCAGGCGUCGGAGGAGGGAACGAUUUCCAGUGGUGUUUCUCUCAAGUGAAAGGAGCAAUAGAUGAAGAUGUAGCGGAAGCGGAUAUUAUCUCAACAGUUGAAUUUAACUACUCUGGGGACCUGCUAGCCACAGGAGACAAAGGGGGUCGGGUUGUGAUAUUUCAGCGUGAACAAGAGAGUAAAAAUCGCCCUCUUUCCAGAGGAGAAUACAAUGUCUACAGCACUUUCCAGAGCCACGAACCUGAGUUUGAUUAUUUGAAAAGCUUAGAAAUUGAGGAGAAGAUCAACAAAAUCAGAUGGCUACCCCAACAGAACGCUGCUCACUUUCUGCUCUCCACAAACGACAAAACCAUCAAACUGUGGAAAAUCAGUGAAAGAGACAAAAGAGCAGAAGGCUACAAUCUGAAAGAUGAGGACGGGCGACUGCGAGACCCAUUUAGAAUCACAUCACUACGGGUGCCAGUGCUGAUGCCCAUGGACCUUAUGGUCGAAGCCAGCCCUCGGCGAAUAUUUGCAAAUGCGCACACAUAUCACAUCAAUUCCAUUUCAAUAAAUAGCGAUCACGAAACAUACCUUUCUGCAGAUGACCUAAGAAUAAACCUAUGGCACUUAGAAAUCACAGAUAGAAGUUUUAACAUUGUAGAUAUUAAGCCUGCCAACAUGGAGGAGCUGACGGAGGUGAUCACGGCAGCAGAGUGCCACCCUCACCAGUGCAAUGUGUUUGUGUAUAGCAGCAGCAAGGGCACCAUUCGCCUCUGUGACAUGAGAGCAGCAGCACUCUGCGAUAGACAUAGCAAAUUUUUCGAGGAGCCUGAAGACCCGAGCAGCCGGUCGUUCUUCUCCGAGAUCAUCUCCUCCAUAUCGGACGUCAAGUUCAGCCACAGUGGCCGCUACAUGAUGACCCGGGAUUAUCUCUCAGUAAAGGUCUGGGACCUCAACAUGGAGAACCGACCAGUAGAGACGUACCAGGUACAUGAAUACCUCCGUAGCAAGCUGUGCUCGUUGUAUGAGAACGACUGCAUCUUCGAUAAGUUUGAGUGCUGCUGGAAUGGGUCUGACAGUGCCAUCAUGACUGGCUCCUACAACAAUUUCUUCAGGAUGUUUGACAGGAACACUCGGAGAGACAUCACAUUGGAGGCGUCCAGGGAGAACAGCAAACCGCGUGCCAUGCUCAAACCUCGUAAGGUCUGCACAGGCGGCAAGAGGAAGAAAGAUGAGAUUAGCGUGGACAGUCUAGACUUCAACAAGAAGAUCUUACACACCGCCUGGCACCCUAAGGAGAACGUCAUAGCCGUCGCCGCCACCAACAACCUGUAUAUAUUCCAGGACAAAAUUAACUAAAAAAAAAAAAACAAGUUUAAAAAAACAAAAAAAGAGAGAAAGAAAGAAAUCUCCCAGUUCACCCGGGCCCAGCUCCGUGGACUCCAAUCUUGUACUUUGCAUAGUUAAGCCUAGUCGUCAAUCUGUAAAAGACACAACGGCCUUGUCAUCCUCAUAAUGAAGAAUCUCGAAGCACUCGUUUUUUUUGUUUUUAUUAUUUUUGUUUUUCUUUCUUUCCAUGCGUAGCUGAAGGAAUGAAGAGAACCGGUCUCUUUUACAUGUUAAAAGGGUGUGUGUGGGGGGGCAGGGGGCAAAGACCUACCCCUGUCACACAAACCCCCCCCACCCACCCCUGAAUCUGGAGAAGGCCAUCUUGUCACCCAACCUAGUCUUGCCUCCUCAGAAGAAAAUGUAUCCAUGGACAUCACUCAACAAAAACCAGAGGCCAAACCUGUCAAAAGUCACUGUAUUUAUUCCCAGUCUGAGCCUGAAUCUGUUCACCGUUUGACGACUAAAAAUGACGGAGUGUCUGACGUGUAUUUGACGUCUGUCGUUAAGUAAGUCUGUACUGUACGUCCAGGCCUUGCUGAAACAUUACGUCUGCUUCCUGAUGCCUGUCAACAUUCCUCCCCUAAUCAUCCUCUACUCCGGCCUUGAUGUUUUAUCUUUAAGCACUUAACUACAGUUCUACUUUUUUUGUUUUGUUUUGUUUUUUGGUCAGUGGAUUUUUUUCUUUCCCUUUUUUUCUUUCUUUUUUUUAUUUUUCUUUUUUCCCCCCAGUCUACCCGUUAUUUCUCAUGCAUAGUAACAUUUACUCACUGACUGUAUCUAUAUAACCACACCGUCUGGUGUCAACCACUUAAUAAAAGUAACAAAACUACA